GCAACCUACUGUGACGUUCUAAGCCAACGCUUGUUCUCGCGAGAAUUCGUGUCGCGGCGAGAUUGCCCUUGCUAAAUCGGACAUGGGCUACUGGGACUCUCCGGAGGGGACAAACUGUGUGGAGAAAACAUGGAUAACAACAAAGAUGGCCACGGCUUUGGGCCUGGUGGGUACGGCGUACCACAUGGUGGCUUACGAGCCUGAAACGGCAAUGGAGGGUCUACAACGGGCAGGCAACAACACUGUCACAAUGGCCACGAUGGGCGCCAUCUUCGGCAUGGUAACGUGUCUCACUGCGCAGGCUCGCGAGUCUCCGGACGACCCGGUGAACUACUUUGUAGGGGGCUGCGCUUCUGGAAUCUUCCUGGGAGCUAAGACCCACAAUGCCGCGACUGGCACGAUGGCGUGUUUGGCUCUGGGAACGCUGGGCUACUUUUCCAAAGCGGCCAAAAAGGAAAACUGGGCUAUUCUCAGUUCCCCCAAAUUUUGAAGAAAUUGUGCACAUGUAACUUGAUGUUGUGAAUAAAGAGUCUGAUUUAAUAAAGUUCUUUAUGAGAAAGAAA